AAUGGUCGGCUUCCCUGGGAACGUUACCUUCGGCUAAUCAGAGACCACGAGCGAACUCCUCGCGAGAGGUGAGGUUGAAGCUGCCUCCGCCAUCUUGAAGAUGGGAGACGGGCGAAAGCCGUGGUCUUUCUGCUAAAGCAAACACCACAACGGACAGGGUAGUCGCCCCCACAGUGAGGUCAUCGUCCCUGUAACUGCUGACCAAAGCCACCGAGAGCAGCGAGCGUGUCGAAGCCGAGCGCAGCGGACCCCGAGAGCCCCCCCCCCGCUCCCCUUCCACCUGCUUCCCGGGCAGAAGGGAAGUGUGGAGGGCCGGAAGGAUGGUGCAGUCCUGUUCCGCCUACGGCUGCAAGAACCGGUACGAUAAGGACAAGCCCGUCUCUUUCCACAAGUUUCCUCUGACUCGUCCCAGUCUUUGUAAACAGUGGGAGGCAGCUGUUAGAAGAAAAAACUUCAAGCCCACUAAGUACAGCAGUAUUUGUUCAGAGCAUUUUACUCCAGACUGCUUUAAGAGAGAGUGCAACAACAAGCUACUGAAGGAGAAUGCUGUACCCACAAUAUUUCUUUGUACAGAGCCACAUGACAAGAAGGAAGAUCUGGAACCCCAAGAACAGCUUCCCUCUCCUCCUUCACCCCCCACUUCCCAGGUUGAUGCCGCUAUUGGGCUGCUAAUGCCUCCUCUCCAGACGCCUGAUAAUCUCUCGGUGUUCUGUGACCACAAUUACACUGUGGAGGACACAAUGCACCAGAGGAAGAGGAUUCACCAGCUGGAGCAGCAGGUGGAAAAGCUCAGGAAGAAACUCAAGACUGCCCAGCAGCGAUGCCGGAGGCAGGAGAGACAGCUGGAAAAGCUCAAGGAGGUUGUGCAUUUCCAGAGAGAGAAAGAUGAUGCGUCCGAGAGGGGCUAUGUAGUUCUCCCACAUGACUACUUCGAAAUUGUUGAAGUGCCAGCAUGAAGAGACAAGACUACAUGCUCUCUUUUAGCCUACACACAGGAGUUCAUUUGAAAAACUAGCACUUGAUUACUUGUAUAAAAAAAUCAGAAUAUUUUUUUAAAAUAAAGUAGUUAUAUACUGUAAAAUUGUAAUUUUUUUGUUUGUAAUUUCAGAGUUUUUACAUUUUAACAAAAUAUUUAAAAAAAAAACUUAGACCACCAGUAUGAUGUUGUAUAUUGUUUUCAAGAUGGUGGAUUGUUUUUCAUUUGAGUAUUUAUAGAAAUAAUGUAAAAAUGAAAAGUAGAGAGGAUAAUGGUUUAGUAAAGAUGAUUUAAGUUUCAAAGUUAAUGUCCUUUAUUGAGAGAACUUAUUUAAAUCAGAAGUGUAAGAGAUCAUAGGACAGCCUCUCAGAAUAUAGAGAUGUACAUACACAUUUGUAUUUAUAGUCAGAGCUUCAUUUAUUUUUCUCAAUCACUUGUCAAAAAUGAAAUGUCAAGUCAAUAUUUGAGGAAAACUAUUUUGCUGUCUUCAGAAGAGUCAUUCCAUAUUUAAUUACUAACUUCAUAAAGUGGAUUUUAAAGUAGGUCCUUUUUGUUCAUAGCUUUAUAAAAUUGGAGGUGUGUCUUGGGGAAUGAAGGCCUCCAAGAGAGGUAUUGCUAGCAGUGAAGUGAAAGUUGGGCUGCUGAGCUGCUCCCUUCGGGGCAGUGCUUCUCAUGCAAGCCUGGCCACCUGAGUCUAACCCUGGGACCCAAGUAAAGGUGGAGAGAACCAACUCCACAGGGUUGUCUUCAGACCUCCACAUGUAUACGUGUGCACACUUUCAGAAAAUGAAAUUGGGACCUGGUUCCUCAUAUGCUCUCAUUAUCCCCUACCUAAAGGCAUCGAAUUCUACAGCUGUAGUUAAUCUGCAUUCAAACUUCUAACAUUCAAACUUCUAACAUAGAGUUUGGUUUGUAUCAGAAUAUGGUAACUUUUCCCUUACCUGUUCGAUUUUGGUCAAGCCAUUGCAUAAAAAUUAUUUUUUUCACUAAAGUUAGAAAUUAUAUCUAAUUUACUUCAAGUGACUUAUGUCCAAAAGUAAUGUGCUGUGUUUAUGUCCAAAAGUGUUGAGACUUAAAUAUUGCAGUUUCUGUUCAUACUGUGGAUUGAUUGUGUUCUGACUUUGUGAGAAAGCUUACAUAAAUUUGAAAUGAAAAGAUGUUCUGAGUAGACAGAUAUUGAUAAAAUAAUUCUCUAUUUAGGUUUAGGAGAAGCAUAUUUUAUAUUUCAGAGUACACUGUAGUUGAGGAGUAGCAGACCUUUUAAGACAGUAUUAAAGAUAAUGCUAUUCAAGUGUC